AUGGAAGGUAAUGAAUUUACUUUGGGAUAUUUGGAGACGACGAAGGUGGUAAGGAAUUAUGGAUCACAUUGGGGGAUUAUGAAUUUUAAUGAUGAUGGUGAUGAGCAACCGAACGACCAACCCAAGCAACAACCACAACCGAUGCCAAGAGGAAGGAAAAAUGUAAGACGAAGAGGCGAAAGAGAACAACCGGUGCACCAGAAUGCACCCAUGGGAGGACUCAACUUUAGGGGAGACAUGACAAGUUACUUUGAUCAACUAUCGUUAAGUGUGAACUGGAUUGGUGGUAUGGUGGAAAAUUUGGUGCAACAAUUGCAUGUUGAGUAA